GUACCCAGAACAGGGAGGCAGAGACAGGGAGAGCUGCAGGAGCUGAGAUCCACCCGAGCCAGCGCUGGGCAGCAGCAGAGCCAUGGCACCCCGGGUAAGACUGAGCCUCUCAAAGCCUCUCCCAACCAUACGUGAAACCUACGAGGAAGUUCUGGAAGAUCCCACCAGCAACCCAAAGCCCACAGGAAGCACUGCAGCCAGCCCAGACCUGCAUUCCAGUGAUGAUUACAUCCAAUCCAUUUGCCACCUUGCCAGACCCACCUUCCCUGGCCUUCCUGAAAGCAGCCAUAGGGUUCAGGGCAGAAAGAGCUUGAAGACCCCUGAAGGUUUGUUGUGGUCUUCAUCCCUUGGGGGAAAACAGCAGGAGAAGUCAAAAUGUAAAUUGACCAAUUUCAUCUCAAAUGUGGUGCCCAUGGGAAAAGUGAUGCCUGCAGAAGAUGACUUCUGGUCCAGAGAUGAUCCCCUGGCCCAGAUCUAUGCCUGCACAGGAAAGCUCUGUUCCUCCAAGGCUUCUUUGCACAGUAAAAGCUCCAGCACAGGUUCAUCUCAGUGCAGCUCUUCCUCCUCUAACACUGAACUUCAGCACCCAGCCACAAAUGAAAAAGCCACGGGGAAACCCAAUUUGCCACCAGUGUUCAGUUUUCCAAGGCUUCCCUCCCCAAGACCACUGCAGAAAGAAGCAGUCUGCUCAGAGCUCAAGUAUCUUAGAAGAGAUAAGGAAGAAGUUUUAGGGAGUUCCCAUGGUCAGAAAGAAUCCAGCCCCGUGCUCCUGACCAUUGCAGAGCCAGCACUGUGCCCAUCCAGAGGGAAGGUGCUGGGAAGCCCAGCCCUGCACUGCUCUGGAAGGAGCCAGAGUUGUUUGUUCAAUGCAGCAGGACCUGAUGAAAAAGAAGGGAAACAAAAUUCUCACCAUGACCAAAAUGUAAUGGGUGAUGUCCUCACUAAGCAGAAUUCCUCCCAGUGCUCCCAGGCAGCUAAAAAAUCCAUGAUCCAUAACUGGAUUUCAGAGCACAGAUCUAUCUGGAAAGAAGCAAAAAUAAAAGCUUGUUUGCUCCCAGCCAUUGCUGAAGUGUGAAGAAGUAGCUGCUCAGAAUAAUCCUAUUCACAAGAUACAAUCACCCUGUGCCCUACAAGCUCUCCUUGGAGCCCUUACACAAAACACAUGGCUUGGAUGUGCAUGCAACUCAGGCAAACCUUUGUGACCCAUCAUCUCUCUCAUUAGUGGGCAAAGGGAAAAUUCAGAGCCUCUCCCACUAUGGAAACAGCAAUGAGUCCUCAUUUUAGAAAGGGAAGAGUUCAUAGAGCAACUGCCCCCAUGGACUGCCUAGGACAGCCCUGAGCAUAGACAAAAAACCUGGAGAGUACAAACCCCAUCUGCUCAGGAGCAGGAGAGAUCUGCAGGAACUGCAAAGCACUGGUGGUGUCCAGCAAAUGCCAAGCAGGCAGAUGCUGCUCACACCUGGGUACAGAAAGGAACAUUUUGAUGGAUGCUUGGACAGUACAAAAUGUGCUCCCUGACAGACACAUUUACCAGGACACUCACAGUGCCAACACCAGGACUCCCCUGGAGAGGUCAUCUGUGAGUGCAGCAGGAGCAAGAAAUAUUUUUUUAAAUCAUAAGAAGUCUUUCAUGAGGAUUUGCUAGAGGGCAACCUGGAGACUAGUGCAGAUCCUCUGGGUGGGGAUUUUCUUCUUGCUUACCCUGGCACUAUGCUGUUACCUUUGCUCCUGUGGCAGGAGGAGAGCCAGGAGCCUGGGUGGGCAGAGCUGUGCCUGGUCUGGAGCUGGAACAACCUGUGAUGCCAGAUGAAAAACCUACACACCAGGCUGGUAUUUAUCUGAGUGGGAAAUAAUCAUUUCUGGGUUUCUGUUCAUACCUGUGCUUCUGUGUUCUCACCUGCUGACAGUUUUUUCUUGGUGCUAGGAAACUGAAACAUGAAGAAACAAAACCCCGCACGUGCAUGUUACAGCCAUCCAGCACAAAACACAUGAAACUCUUGUUACUACUAGGAAUAAAACUUUUGGCACAGAAGAGAGCAGACCAGACUGUUGGUUCAGCUUCAGCUAAGACAGGAAACACCAAUGGAAAGCUGUAAUUAGGAAAAUGCUCACAAGCAAUUUCUAAACCACCCUUGAACAGACUGAAUCAGAAAGCAACCUCUGCUCAGUCCCAACAUGAGUGUAAAUACACUCGAGGAUCAAAAGCUGAGCAUAUUUGAGCUUCUCCUUCUCAAGUUUCUCAUCUCUUACCUCAAAUAUUUUUUCUCCUGUUGAAACACAUCAGCACUAAGGAGCUGAACUGCUUCUCCUUGCUGUUUCUGAAGUAACCACAGAGGAAGAACAAAAGUGAAAGCUGCUCCAGCCUCGAUUAGAGCUGAUGGAGAGCUGCAUCACAGAAUGUGCCAGCCUGCCCUGCCUCCACCACAUCCUUCCCUUCCUUCUCAGGUGAACACUGGGCUUUAGGUGAUGCUUGUCCUCAUUGCCCUAAUGACAUUUUUUCUCCAUGUGAAUAUUUAUGACACUGAUGCCUAGCAAGUCUUGUGCCAACUGCAUGUGUCCCUGCUU